GUUGAAUUACGUGUUCGAAAUAAUGAAGCUCCGAUUUGGGCUGCAAAAGUUUUCUUGUACAAUUGCAAUUUUGAUCAAGAUAUUUUACGAAGAUUACCACUGAGAGGUGAAGAUAUGAAUUGGCCACUGCGAGCAGAUGGAGUUGUGCAAUUGGAGGCAUUAAAUGAGGCUGACUCGAAGAUAUCAAAAUCGAGCGUUAUUGAUGAGACGAAAUUUGAUAAUGGAAUCGUCGAUAAAACGAUUGAAACCACUCGAGAAACAACUGCAUUGGCUGAUUGCUCCUUCACCUUAUCAUCCUCGGAUCAAGACAGAUCAUUAUCAUCGUCACCAAUGAAUGCUCAUUGCAAUCGAACCAGUCAAGAUUCUGAUAAAACUCAGUCAAAUACACCCGUAACUAUUCACAUGAGCACAACCUUAAAGACGUCUUACUCGAUGACGGCUAUCGGCAAUAGUGACAUUGUCAGCUGUGCGGAAUUGACACGUUCAUUGAGUGUGAAUGAUAUGAAUGAAAUUACGAUAAAUAGACGCAAACGAUUCCGUGAACAGUUGAAACGAAUGAUGCAAAGUGGUUUAUACACGAACAGCUAUGAAUUCAUCAGAAAAUGUAAUCGUAAUGAUGAUAAUGACAAUGAAGGAGUUCUGAAUAAAGUGUAUGAACGCAAAGAUAUCGAUGGUAUGUUCCAAAGAUUUUCGAGCCUUCUUGAGAAGCACAAAAAUGCUGACUUCAAUCGAAAUGCUGUUGAAGAAUCGAGUGGAACAUCUGGCAUAGAAGGCGAUUGUUUGCCAACAAAAACAGUGUCCAUCCUUCAAAUGACUCAUUUGUAA